GCCACUUUCCAAUUCAGCGCCACCUGGCGGAUCAUAAUCCAAGAUGGCGGCGUAUGGUGUGUCCGUGUCACAGCACAUGUUUUUAGUGUUUUAUCAGCGCUACGCGUCAAAUUAGACUUUUUCCAGAAAAUCUUCGUGCUUAAAUGCGUAUAUAGAUACAAAAUGCCUCAUCACUGCUGUGUGCCACAUUGUACAAAUAAUUCCAAGACAAAAGAUGGUUACUCUUUUCAUACAUUCCCUAAAGACCCUUCAGUGGCAAAAAAGUGGGUGAUUGCUAUACGCAGAGAUCAAGGUGCAGAUUUUGAUAUCAACAAAGAGACAAGAGUAUGCUCCGUUCACUUUAACGCAGACUCUUACCAUCCUACCACUGCUAUUCAUGUUCGAAAACGUUUGCGAGGGACUGCUGUACCAUCAGUAUUUCAAUGGACUGUACAGAAACCCGUCAGAAGGAAACUCAGCCUUCUCAUGAAAAGUCCAAAUUGUGGAAAUGUAGAAUCCAACAAUACAAGUUUCCCAGAAAAACAUGUUUUGGAAAGCUGUAAUAAUGAUUGUGAUGAGCCUUUGCUUGUAGACCAGCCUUUUAGUAGUGAGGAUAGUUUAACAAAUGUGGAUUGGGCUGAAUCUCCAGACAAGAGUAAAUUAAAAGAAACCAACAGUGUUCUACUUCACAUUAGGAACAAAGAGAAGUUUUCAAUUCUACGGUUUUGUAAUUCCGAUUCUGAUAUCAGAUAUUACACAGGAUUUUCAUCAUACCUAGCCUUACACUGUUUCUUCACAUUCUUACAACCGGCUUGUAGCUUUUUGUACUAUGUAGGGACAGACAACACAUCUGAAGGGACACCUUACAUAUUUCUCAACAAACGUGGAAAGUCCAGAUCCUUGUCGCCUAUGGAAGAGUUAUUUGUAACUCUUGUUCGUCUUCGGAAAGGUUUACCAGAAAAACAUUUAGGUGACCUGUAUAACCUUUCUGAGGGACAUGUGUCAAAAAUACUCAACACUUGGAUUGCUUUUCUUGACAACAGACUGUCUUCGCUACCAAUUUGGCCACAAAGAGAUCAUGUGAAUAACACCAUGCCAGCAAUUUUCAAGACAUAUUUUUCCUCUACUCGAACCAUAAUUGACUGCACAGAAAUAUUCAUAGAACACCCAUCUGCCUCGGAGUGUCAGCGGGAGACAUUUUCCUCGUACAAACAUCACAACACUGCAAAGGGUCUCAUUGCCAUCGCACCAAGUGGCCAAAUCACAUUUAUUUCUCCGCUCUACUCUGGGCGAUGUUCAGACAAGAAAAUAAUUCGCCAUUGUGGAUUGUUGGACCUGAUAGAGGAAGGAGAUGGUGUCAUGGUUGAUCGCGGCUUUGACAUUACAACAGAUCUUGAAAACAGGGGUGCUCAUCUUAUAAUGCCUGCCUUUUUAAGUGGAAAAGACCAAUUCACUCCUGAUCAGUUAUCUCAAUCCAGAGAAAUAGCAACAGUGCGCGUCCAUGUUGAGAGGGCUGUGAGGAAGAUCAAAGAAUUUGAAAUUCUGAGACACACAGUUCCCAUCACAUUGUGUCCUAUGCUUGAAAAGAUAUGGAAUAUUUGUGGACAUUUGGCUAAUUUCUCAGGGAGUGGAACAUUGUUUAGACAACCCAAAGAUGUCUCCACUUGUAAAGAAUAAAGACACAUUGAUAAUGCUCUCAUGUUUAAUGAAAUGUCAGAUUCUUUUCAUAUAUGAACACUUUAUAAUAUGAUACAUAUAAAACAUGUUUCCAUGGUGAUCAAAGUUUCAAAAAUAUUAUGUUGAAUUUUGUACAAUUUUUGUGACAAUAAAAUGCAUUUUCAAAUACUGUCAUAGUAGUAAUACCAUGAAAAAAUUCCAAGCAAAAAAGUUUGUAAAUAAUACAUUUCUACAAAUGAAAUAUCAGAAAUUGUCCAACCGAUAUUCAUAUCAUCAUAUAUAUGCAUCAAACAUUUAUCACUAGUCAUACAUUGUAAUAUUCCAGUUGUUGUCUAGAUCUAUAAAAAUGUAUUGAAGAAAUUUUAUAUUAUCACAAGUGAUGAUAUAGGACAACUUGGAUUUCACUGCAUCCUUUCUUAAGUUAAUCUUUUUUCACUGUUGAAAAUAUAAAAAUAAUCUGUCUAAAUUAUAAACUAUAUUGAACCAUGUAUAUGAAAUGUCAGCAUAGCGCAGGAAAUGAAUAUUGUUCACAUAUUUUUAAACUUACUCUUUACAAGAAGUAAUGACUAUAAAUAAAUAAUUUAACUAAGAAACUGUGAAAUUGAAUGUGGACUAAAAAUACAAAAUUCAAUAGUAACAACUUUCAUUUUAAUUUUUACAUGUUACAAGUCAUAAUUAAAAAAUAUCACAAUUCAAUGUCUUAAUGACUAUGAAACUAAUAACAGUAUUUCAACAAAAAUUCUGUACAGUACAAUUGUGACAAUGGACAUAAUUUGUAUGACUUGUGCUUGUAUUCAAUUUUAUGCUACCAUACAUGGUUUAAGAUUGUACUAGUGUACACUGAAACCAUCAAUAUAUAUGUACAUUGUGCUUUUAACACGAGACAUGCAUAUGUCCUACACUAACUAUCAUAUUGAACAUUACAUGUAUAUGUGUCAGUCACGAGUGCAAAAAAGGAAUAUAAUGUAUGAAAUAUCCUAUGUAAAAAUUAGAAUAAAUUUUGUUUUCCCCAAGUCA